AUGGCUGAAACAGAACAUAUGCAAAAGACUGCUAUAUUACAGAAAUUCCUCGAUUUGGACCAGAGGGGCUCAGUUAUCGCCGAGUACGUGUGGAUCGACGGGACCGGUAACAUGCGUUCCAAGGGCAGAACUCUGAACAAGAAGAUCACCUCGGUGGAACAGCUCCCAGAGUGGAACUUCGACGGGUCCUCGACCAACCAGGCCCCAGGCCACGACUCGGACAUCUACCUGAAGCCCGUCGCUCUGUACCCUGACCCCUUCAGAGGCGGUGACAACAUCGUCGUGCUUGCCGAGUGUUUCAACAACGACGGCACUCCAAACAAGUUCAACCACAGACACGAGGCCGCUAAGCUGUUCAACGCACACAAGGACGAAGAGAUCUGGUUCGGGCUGGAACAGGAGUACACGCUGUUCGACAUGUACGACAACGUCUACGGGUGGCCAAAGGGCGGGUUCCCUGCGCCACAGGGACCUUACUACUGUGGUGUCGGUGCUGGGAAAGUCUACGCAAGAGACGUCAUCGAGGCUCACUACAGAGCCUGUCUGUACGCGGGGAUUAACUUGUCCGGGAUCAACGCGGAGGUGAUGCCCUCGCAAUGGGAGUUCCAAGUCGGUCCAUGUACUGGGAUCGCCAUGGGUGACCAAUUGUGGAUGGCAAGAUACUUCUUGCAUAGAGUCGCCGAGGAGUUCGGUGUCAAGAUCUCGUUCCAUCCAAAACCUUUGAAGGGCGACUGGAACGGUGCCGGGUGCCACACUAACGUCUCCACGAAGAACAUGAGAGCCCCAGGCGGGAUGAAGUACAUCGACGAAGCGAUCGAGAAAUUGUCCAAGAGACAUCUAGAACACAUCAAGUUGUACGGUGCCGAUAACGAAUUGAGGCUCACGGGGAGACACGAGACCGCCUCAAUGACCGCCUUCUCUGCAGGUGUCGCCAACAGAGGCGCAUCCAUCAGAAUCCCAAGAGCAGUCGCAAGAGAGGGGUACGGCUACUUCGAGGACCGUAGACCGGCUUCCAACAUCGACCCAUACUUGGUCACCGGUAUCAUGUGUGAAACCGUCUGCGGUGCCAUCGACGAUGCCGACAUGAGCAAAGAGUUCGACAGGGAAUCCUCCUAA